CCCUUUGUCUCUUUCGACUUUUUUAUUUCCAUUCCAUUCCACUCCACACUCACUGCGCUCUCAAAGUGAAGGCUAAAAAGCCAGUGGUUUUGCCGAAACUCAAAAACCCCACCACAUUCACACUCAUUGAUACCAUCUCACCAUUCAUAUUCUCCCAACUUUGGCAAAAACCCAGACAGAGUUAGGGCUCCUUGUAAUGCCGGCAGCUUGAAUAUCGUCUUCCCCGGGUGUUUUUGGGGUUCAUUUUGAAGUUAUAAGUGAUGGGUCACUACGAGUUGGUUCUGGGUUUCACUCUUUUGGUUUUAUUUGGAGGUGUCUCCUCUGCCUCGACUAAUGUACCAGCUAAGAUCGUUACUGGGUUUGUGUCAAAUGCGUUGUCUAUGGCCAUGAAAUCUAUAUGGUCACUCAAAACAACAACAAAAACAGCGACUACUGGUCGUCCGUUGAUGAAGUUUGAGAGUGGAUAUAAUGUGGAGACAGUGUUCGAUGGAAGCAAGCUUGGGAUCGAGCCUUACUCUGUUGAAGUUUUACCAAACGGGGAGCUUUUGAUUCUAGACUCUGCCAAUAGUAACCUUUAUAGGAUCUCUUCUUCUCUUUCUCUUUAUAGCAGACCAAGGCUGGUAGCAGGAUCUGCUGAAGGGUACUCUGGACAUGUGGAUGGGAAGUCCAGAGAGGCCAAAAUGAAUCAUCCAAAGGGUCUUACAGUUGAUGACAGAGGCAACAUUUAUAUUGCAGACACUGCGAAUAUGGCAAUCAGGAAGCUUAGUGAUGCUGGUGUUACAACGAUUGCUGGUGGGAAAUGGGGUCGUGGUGGAGGUCAUGUUGAUGGACCAAGCGAAGAUGCAAAGUUCUCUGAUGAUUUUGAUGUGGUUUACAUUGGGAGCAGUUGCUCAUUACUUGUAAUAGACAGAGGAAAUCGAGCUAUCAGGGAGAUCCAGCUCCAUUUCGAUGACUGUGCAUAUCAAUAUGGAACUGGUUUUCCUCUUGGGAUUGCAAUGCUGCUUGGUGCUGGCUUCUUUGGUUACAUGUUGGCAUUACUGCAACGCCGUGUGGGUACAAUUGUCUCUUCACAGAAUGAUCUCGGCCCUGAGAAUACAAGCUUUACAGCAAGUGCAUAUCAGAAGCCUCCAAAAUCAGCCAGGCCACCUUUAAUCCCCACAGAAGAUGAGCCGGAGAAACAAGAAGAGGGGUUCUUUGGAUCCCUUGGAAGGCUUUUGGUUAACACUGGAACAUCAGGAAUGGAAAUUUUGGGUGCAGUCUUCCCUGGCUUUCGGAGAAAACCUUUGGACUAUCAAUAUCAAAAUCUACAACAGCAAAAGCAUUCAAAUACGUGGCCUGUACAAGAAAGUUUCAUCAUACCAGAUGAGGAUGAGCCUCCUUCCAUUGAAACAAGAACCCCUACCCCUAGGAAAACAUACGCUUUCAUGGCCAAGGAUGCUGAAAAGCUGCAGCAGUUGCGACAGAGCCGAGCCUUCUACAAUGGUUGGGAUGAUGACCUUCAGCAGCAGAAGCAGCAGCCGCAGCCGCAGCAGCUUCAGCAUCAGCAGCAGCCGCAGCAGCUUCAGCAUCAGCAGCAGCAGCAGCAGCUUCAGCAGCAGCAGCAGCUUCAGCAGCAGCUUCAGCAUCAGCAUCAGCUUCAGCAGCAGCAGCAUCAUAACAUGUAUCACUCAUCUGCUCCACAUACCUACUAUGAGCAACACGAGGAAAAAACCAACGAAGUUGUUUUUGGGGCAGUUCAGGAGCAUGACCGAAGGCGCCAAGCGGUGAUCAUUAAGCCAGUUGACUAUGGGGCUCCCAUGUAUGAUCAUCACAACAUUCGAUCUAGAAUCAAUUCCGUUGGCUACAACUACGGCAAAUGAAUGAUAUAUAUAUACGUAAUAGAAAUUAUUAGUUUUGACUUAUUUUGGAGCACAUAGUAUAAAAUCAAAAUUUAUGGUCUUAGCUCAUAUGUAGUAUUGAUCAUGGGUUCUCUGGAGAUGUAGAGGCCAUGUCUAUUGGGGGUGUGAGGUAUACUGAAUCUGGUCAAUGUAAUCAAGGCCGUUAUUCAAAUAUUGGUUCAGCACAUAACUGCUAUUAAAAAAAUUCUGGGCCGCCCUCUUGUUUGAAUGUAAUUUCUCUUCUCUGUU